GAAUUUAGUGAGUGGCAGCAUGGCUUCUCAAAGUGACUGUAGAUCCGUAGGCGUGCUUGUCACAAGUUGAUAACCACCCUAGGAAUGGACUCAGACGAGGGAUACAACUAUGAAUUUGACGACGAGGAGGAGGAAUGUAGCGAGGACAGCGCCGAAGAGGAGCCCGAGGACGAAACCCUGGAGCUCGGCGAGGUGGAGUUGGUCGAUCCUGUCGUGGCGGUGGGUGAUCGAGAUGACUGCGGCGACUCCGGAGGAGGUAGUCAUGGCCCAGGCGACGAGGACGAGGAGGAUUACCGCUUCGAGGUUUUGACGGCCGAACAGAUUCUCCAGCAUAUGGUGGAGUGUAUCAGGGAGGUCAACGAGGUCAUUCAGAAUCCUGCAACAAUAACUCGCAUCCUUCUCAGCCACUUCAACUGGGACAAAGAAAAGCUUAUGGAAAGGUAUUUUGACGGGAAUCUUGACAGGCUCUUCACCGAGUGUCACGUCAUCAACCCCAGCAAGAAACCGAGGAUCCGUCCGCCUAUCAAUACCAGAUCGUCAUCACAAGACAUGCCGUGUCAGAUAUGCUACCUGAACUUCCCCAACUCGUACUUUACAGGCUUGGAGUGUGGACACAAGUUCUGCAUGCAAUGUUGGGGAGACUACCUGACCACCAAAAUCAUAGAAGAAGGAAUGGGACAGACGAUUUCCUGUCCUGCUCAUAGUUGUGACAUUUUGGUCGAUGACAACACAGUCAUGCGCCUCAUUACAGAUUCAAAAGUGAAGUUGAAGUACCAGCAUUUAAUUACAAAUAGUUUUGUAGAGUGCAAUCGACUGUUAAAGUGGUGUCCAGCACCCGACUGCCAUCACGUUGUCAAAGUCCACUAUCCAGACGCCAAGCCGGUGAGGUGCAAGUGCGGCCGCCAGUUCUGCUUCAACUGCGGGGAGAACUGGCACGAUCCUGUCAAGUGUAAGUGGCUGAGGAAAUGGAUUAAGAAGUGCGAUGAUGACAGUGAAACAUCAAACUGGAUCGCUGCAAACACAAAGGAAUGUCCAAAAUGUCACGUGACCAUUGAAAAAGAUGGCGGCUGCAAUCACAUGGUUUGUCGAAACCAGAACUGCAAAGCAGAGUUCUGCUGGGUCUGCUUGGGGUCUUGGGAACCACAUGGCUCAGCAUGGUACAACUGCAACCGCUACAACGAAGACGAUGCCAAGGCGGCCAGAGAUGCUCAAGAGCGCUCCAGAGCGGCCCUGCAGAGGUACUUGUUCUACUGCAACCGCUACAUGAACCACAUGCAGAGUCUGCGCUUCGAGCACAAGCUGUACGCUCAGGUCAAGCAGAAGAUGGAGGAGAUGCAGCAGCACAACAUGUCCUGGAUCGAGGUCCAGUUUCUGAAGAAGGCGGUGGACGUGCUGUGCCAAUGCCGCUCCACGCUCAUGUUCACUUACGUUUUCGCCUUCUACCUCAAAAAGAACAACCAGUCGAUUAUCUUUGAGAACAACCAGGCGGACUUGGAAAAUGCUACCGAGGUGCUGUCUGGAUACCUAGAGCGGGACAUCUCCCAGGAUUCUUUACAGGAUAUCAAGCAGAAAGUACAAGAUAAGUACAGAUACUGUGAGAGCAGGCGGAGAGUUCUGCUACAGCACGUGCAUGAAGGCUAUGACAAGGAAUUGUGGGAGUACAUUGAGGAUUGAGGACACGUCCCAAUGCAACAGACUCUUGAGAAUCUCCACGAACUAGGACGCUGAUGCAAUUUACCAGGGCAGCACGGGCCUUCUGCCACCUCUCUUUUGGCAAAACCAACCACUUUUGCAUCAUCCCCCCCUACCCUCUGGAUUUGUUUAACAAAAUUUAAGUAAAUUAUAUUUAAAUACAAAAGGUAGAGUAAUAAAGUGUACUACAGUAUUGUUAGUAACAGAGUGGAGUCUUCAACAAUCCGAGAACCCGUCUAAAACAGAGCAUCCCUUUGGCUUGUAUCGUAACACCAUCCCGGAGCUUCUUACUUCCUGUUUUUGGCUUGUGAAUCUUUCCUGUUUUUGUUUUUUUUUUCUUCGUUUUUUUCCUUUUUUUUGUUUUCCAUUAGUGUGAUGUUUUCAACACAGCUUUAAUUGCCCUGAACGUGGGAGGAAUACGUGGUGAGCUCCUCGUCCGGGUGGCUGAACUUUGACCGUCUGAUUGGAAGAAAGGGGCAAAUAAGACAUUUCAAGGGGGAGAUGAGAAAAACAAACAAAAAAAAAGUCUGUAUUUUUCAAUGUGUAAAUAGUCCAUAUGCAUGGAAGAUCAAGAGAGUGGCACGUGUUUGCUUAAUUUUGAAAUAUUUAUUCUUUUCAAAUAUUCAAAAUGCUGUUCUUUUCUGAUCCAGCUUGGGUCUGUACUUCCUCAGCGGGAACUUUGGAGUCUCUGGCAAUAAGUCAUUCCCCCUGUCGUCCCCGGUCUCUUCAGAGCAGUGCACAAGUUACACCGUAUCAGUAACUCUAAAUGGGGACUGACGGUGAGAAUUUCUACAAGUUGCCAAGUGAUCAAUCAAAAAGACUCUUGAAAAAGGAAAAAAAAGAAUUCCAUCCAGCAAGUUUUCUGUUCUGACAGCGCGAAGGUGAGGUGGAAUGUGCCGGCUCUGUUUUCUUUAGUCUAACCCUUUUGCCGUGUUUUUUUUUUCUUAGUUGUUUUUAGAGUUUAAAAAUGAUUUGCGAGAGCCAAACUGAGUGACAUUCACUCCUUCUCCCCCCCACUCGCCCCCUUUCUCUUCUCUUUCCCGACUUGUCUUGAGAUGGCCCUGUGAGAGCUCAGCUUGCACCUUGGGGAUCGAGUGAGAGUGUUUAGAAUGUACUGACGGCACUGUUGGCUGCGCUGCUUCUGGCCUGGAUCUCUGUCAAACAGGUUCAAGCGUCACUAGUGCAGGUCAUAGUGGAGAUCUGUCGCCUCGCAGCGAGACCGAACUUUGCUUUAAAUCCCACCUACACUGGUGGUGUAGAUUAAAAAGAUCUGUUUAGGUUGGUUUUUAUGAUGCCAUUGGUUCAAGAGAGUUGACUCACAUUCGUGGAUUCAGUCAGCGCCCCGACAAGGUUAAGUCAUUCGACUGUGUGUGAGACGGUGGGUCUCCGCUUGUGUCUGCAGUAUGGCGUCUUCACAAGACUGACAUGGGGCACAAAUAUUCUGUUGCAGCUCGGAAGGCGACGCCAUCGGCUCAUCCUUUAUCCCAGUUUCAAAUGGUUGGGGGAAAUCGCUCCCAAAUGCUUCUUAUGUGUUCAAACGUAUUAUUUUAUCCUAGCAGAACUAUGGCCUGUAUUGUUUAUUUGAAUAAAUGUCAUCAGAAAUCUAAUUUUCAGGAGUUCUGUGUGAGUCAUUAGAGUAGCCGUCGCUAACUUCUGCACUGUGUACUGCGUUGUUACAACAGACCAAAUUGGAGUUGAACUAAUACAUUUUUGGUUCUGAGGGCUGUGCGUGUGUGUGUGUGCGUGUGCUUUCCAGAACAAGACAGAUUUGUCGAUCCACAGCCGUCUUUAUCCGUCAUCUGUUGUAGCUCAUUACUAAUGGAAAAAAAAAGCUUCUUGAAUUAAAUUGAAAACAUCCGAAAGCUUUUAAUACUUUUCUACAUGUCUUUUCUUUAUGCUAUCAAAGGUGUUUUAUUUACUAUUAGUGUAAGAAAAAAAUGUGGGAAAUAUAGUUGUCUGUUUUGGAGAAAAUAUUAAAGUGCA